AUGCCGAUGUGGCCGUCAUCAUUUGGUCGUCCACAAUGGCCAAUGAUGCAGUAUCCUUUCACACCAGCUUUCUCGCCAGGUUACAACCAGAUGGGCUCGCAUCAUGUGAAUCAACCUGGGCUACUUGGUCCCGGCCCAUCUAGGCCCACCAAUGAAGCUCACUUGAUUAAUGGUGGCUCGACAACCUCUACGCCGUCACUCAACAAUCUGUUGCCGGCUCAGAUCACCCAUGCUUUCAAUACAAUGGCGCUUCAAGACCCCAAUGACGCCCCAUGGUACAUGGAUACGGGAGACACCAACCACAUCGCAUCAAACGCAGGUAACCUACGAUUUACGUCUAAUUCAAGCUCAAUUCCUACUAUCACUGUUGGUAACGGAUCCUUAGCUAGAGUAACGACGCUUGGUCAAGGAACUAUCUCUUCUCCUUCUCGCUCUUUUACACUUAAUAAUGUCCUCGUCUGCCCAUCUAUCAUAAAAAAUCUUGUCUCGGUGAGAAAAUUUGCAACUGAUAACUCUUGUUCUAUUGAAUUUGACCCUUUUGGUUUUUGUGUUAAGGAUCUGUUUACUCGGACCAAGCUUCUCCGAUGUAACAGCCCUGGUCCGCUAUACUCCGUCCAACCGUCUCUCUCUGCUCCAUCAAAUCUUGCUCUCGCUGCUUCUCCUACGGAUGGUUCCCUUUGGCAUCGCAGAUUAGGCCACCCAAGCAAUCAAUCUUUAUUUCGUGUUUUAUCUUCUGUUUCUCCGUUAUGCAAUAAAACUUUUCUGAAUACUUUAUGUCCAGCUUGUCAACUUGGAAAACAUGUUCGACAACCUUUUUCUAAAUCUAAUACUUUGGUUUUUCACCCUUUUGAAAUUGUCCAUUCCGAUAUAUGGACAUCACCAAUUAAAAGCGUUAGUGGCAUCAAAUACUAUCUUCUCUUCCUUGAUCAAUUUUCUCAUUUUAUUUGGGUUUAUCCUCUUCACCGCAAAAGUGAAACUUUGUCCAAAUUCAUUCACUUUUCUACCUAUGUGCAGACUCAAUUUAAUUGCAAGAUAAAAUCUCUGCAAUGUGACAACGGGGGAGAGUAUGUUAACCGUGAUUUCCAAGCUCACAUGGACAAGAUCGGCGCCACAUUCCGCUUCUCAUGCCCAUACACGUCUCAACAAAACGGCAGAGCCGAACGCAUGCUCUGCACAGUCAACAACCUCAUUCGCACCUUGCUCAUUCAGGCUCACAUGCCGCACUCAUUUUGGGUCGAAGCUCUUCACACGGCGGUCCAUCUCAUCAACAUCAUGCCUUCCUCCGCCAUUGACAAUCAAGUUCCUUACACAAAGCUAUUCCAAAAAGAAGCUCGCUGCCAGCACCUCCGAACGUUUGGUUGUCUCUGCUAUCCCAACCUCUUGCCGAUGACACCACACAAACUCGCUCCUCGCUCAACUAAAAAAAAAAAAAAAAAAACUUUGCCGAUGACACCACACAAACUCGCUCCUCGCUCAACUCCAUGUGUGCUUCUCGGUUAUCCGACGGAUCAUCGCGGUGAUCGCUGUCUUGAGAUAUCAACACAGCGCAUCAUACUCUCCCGUCACGUCACUUUUGAUGAGUCCGUUUUUCCCUUUGGUGCCAAACACAUCGUCUCAGAAACUGCUCCGCUCGUGCCUCCACUUUCAAUUCUUCGUUUACCUGCUCCUCCCAGCCCACUCAAUGCUCCACAGGUAACGUCUCCAUCUCCUCCUCCUUUUCCACCAGCUCCUCCAUCUCCCCCUCCAUCUCCUCCUUCUCCACCUCCUCCUCCAUCUCCUCCCACUCAAUCUCCUUCGCCCUCUCCUCCUCCACCUGCUCCUCCUGUUCAUCAUGCUAUGAACACUCGCAGCAAAAGUGGUAUCAUCAAACCACGACUUCCAUUGUGUCUUCACACCGACGUCACAAUUUCUCCCUUACCAUCGUCGCAUAUUCAAGCAGCUAAGGAUAGUCAUUGGAAUAAUGCCAUGACGGAGGAAUAUGAUGCUCAAAUUAAACGUAAAUCGUGGGUACUUGUCCCACGGCCAGUUGCUACUAAUAUCAUUUCUUCUUUAUGGCUUUACAGGCACAAGUUUCGCGCAGACGGCUCCUUAUAUCGUUACAAAGCACGACUUGUAGCGAAUGGAAAAUCACAGCAACCCGGCAUCGAUUGUGACGAAACAUUCAGCCCCGUGGUUAAGCCAGCAACGAUCCACACAGUCCUCACCGUAGCUGUCACACGCGACUGGCCUCUUCACCAACUUGACGUCAAGAAUGAUUUCUUGUAUGGAGACCUUGAGGAGACGGUGUACAUGCAUCAACCACCCGGGUUCGUCGACAAAACGAAACCCAAUCAUGUUUGUCUGCUUAAACGUUCUAUCUAUGGCUUGAAGCAGGCUCCACGGGCAUGGUACAACCGCUUUGCCACAUACGCACGGAAGAUCGGGUUUCAUCAAAGCAAGCUUGACCAAUCUCUCUUCAUCAUGUCUCAUGGCAGUGACAUCGCAUACCUGCUACUUUAUGUCGACGACAUCGUCCUUACAGCAUCAGCUCCCUCUCUCCUCACGAAAAUCAUUGCCAACCUCAACACCGAGUUUGAAAUGUCUGAUCUCGGUCCAGUCCAUCACUUUCUUGGCAUCUCCGUCACUCGCGACUCCAAUGGGAUCGUCAUGACACAGCAUAACUACGCCGCAGACAUUCUUCAUCGUGCUGACAUGACAUGA